AUAUUAAUAAUUUAGAAAAUUUUUUAAAUGUUACAUGUAAAAACUCUUUUUAAAUCACUGAUUAUUUUACAUAUUAGGACUUUUCAAAUCUCUGAUUUGCUUUAUAAAGUUUAGAAUUAAUUUUAUUAAAAGUCAAAAUAAAAAUUUCUACUAAUAUAAAUUGCAACUUCUUGUAUUAAGAAAAUAUAAGACGUUUAUCUUGAUCUACUGAUUUAAAUCGAAGAACAAAAGUAAGAAGAGGAAAAUUGUAUCAAUGAUCGAACUAUACUCAACGCUAACUCCCAAACAAUCACAUACGAAUUUGAUGGAAAAACAAUAAUUACUAAUUGAUACUCAAAGAGAAGUGACGUUUACGUCAAACGAUAACAAUUGGUAUAAAGCAGUUAAUAAACAAUGACGUCAAGACGUUAUUCUUGCUUUGCGGAUUGCGUUUUACGCUAUUAAGAUAAAUUUUGGAAAUUGAAUAAACAAAUAUUACGUCGAAUUAAAUUGUUAAACCGCACAAAACGUACUAUAAAAAUUGCAAUCAUGCUAGCGGAUAACUGGCAGAAUUAUACUUUGUCAACUUUGAAGUUUCUUAAUACGACGAUGAUGUCCGAUGCAAUACCAAAGAGACGCAUGACUUUCGGUCUUCAACUUGUAUUAACUUUUGUCUACAUAACCGGUGUCAUCGGCAACGUAUCUGCCUUGAUAAUUCUCUUUCAUCGAGAUAAGAGAAGAAAUCGUAAACACUUGCUGAUGCUGCGUUGUCUAGCAACCAACGAUCUUGUGGCACUGCUGGGCAUGUUUGUACAAAUGUAUGUAACUAUUUAUGCAGACACUGUGUCGUCCAUGAGGUCAUUUUGCUCUUUACGUGUUCUUUGGAGACUUUUUGGCCUCUUUAGCGGUUGCGUUGCCAUUGUCAUGGCAGCAGAAAGAUGGUUGGCCUUGACUAGACCCUUCGUUUAUCAAAAGCAGGUGACGUAUCUGGUAAUUGUGCGUUGUAUGUUGGCUCUUUGGUUGGUCGCGUUGACGAUGACCAGUCUUCCGAUUAUGGGCUUCGGAUUAUACUACAAAGACAAAAAGUGUGUUCGUCAUAGGGACGCUACAGAAUCGAGCGACAUCGCUUAUGCUUAUGUAUGGUUUGUUUUAGGUACACUCUUAUGUUUGUCCAUUGUCUGGUGUAAUUUGGCAGUCUUUAGAGCUUUGAGUAGACUAAGUAGACGCGCGGGUUCUCUCAGGCGAAUCUGCAAAGCCUCAUCGCGAGCAAAACCUUUGCUAACUUUAGCCGGACCUCCGAAUCAAGCGGAAGUUGCUACGACUGAGGAAAAAGCAUUUGCGAGACUUAUGGCUGUUUUAUCGAUAUCAUUUGUUAUCUGCUGGAUGCCACACAUGAUUUCUAUUCCGCUACGACAAUUCGAGAUGCGACUACCUCAAACGGCGAUCACUGAACGAAAAUUUAUUCGUAUCUACCACGCCAUAGCCGAUAUUCUUUUAUGCAUUCAUUUCACCUUGGAUCCGUAUAUUUAUGUACUUUUGCGAGUACCACGGCCGAGAUUCCGUUUGCUGAAACCACUCUGCAGAAUCUGCUGGCCGGUUCGAAGCCGUUCGGACUCGUUUACAGGAACAAUGGAUCAUCGAUGUAGCAGUGAUCUACCUACGCCGAUUACUGAGGCUCCAUCGACACCUGUCAGCGAAGUGCGUGAUUCGCAUCUCGCUACGGCUUCUCUCUGAGAAGAUCAUCCUGUGCGACCGGUUUGUGCGAAUAAUCUUCCUAAAGCGAUUGAAAAAUCACACGAUCAUGUAUGAAUGCUCGAGCAAUUUCAACAUCGGGAUUUACUUCUUUUUUGAUUAAUUAUUGAAAACAUCAUUCAUUUACGCAAGACAGAUUGAUUCUUUUGCACGAAAUUAAAAUUACUUAAAUAUACUUACAAAAGAGAGCGUUUUAGCUUGUAAAUAAAAUACUUGAAUCGAUUUAUUCUUAAAUGUGUAACUAUGUUUCUAGUCAGUAAUAAACGUGAAAAUCAAUGACAGAUUUAUUCAUUACUUGCGUAAUUAGAUAGUGUUAAUUGCGCAGGUAACCAAAGUAUAAUCAAUUAGAACGGAAUGAGAAAAAAUUCUCCAAACAUAAAUUCAAAAAAUAAAAUACUGAAAAGUACAUUUUAAAGAGAAAAAUGUAGUUUAAAAUAUAUAUAUCUAUAUAAAACACACAUACAGAUAUUUAUUCUUACAAAACUUUUUUAUAAUUUAGAAAUAUAAGAUAAAAGAUGCAAUUUUAAGUAUUUAUGAUGUAUCUGAAAUAAUUUCCCUGUAUUGAUAGCAAUAUAAAUGCUAUACGAAAUAAUUCUAUACAUAUACAUAUGUACGUUUAUUUCGUGACCUGAUUGCGACAUCAAUAUAUUUGUAAACGACUUUAUUUUAAACGAACAUCGUUAUUUGUACAUAAUAUUAUACAUAUAUAUGUUAAUAUCUUGUGUAUAUCGCACGAUAUCGCAUAGUAUUUACGCACGUUUAACAAUUUUGGAAUAAUAAAUGUUAUCCGAAAU